ACGCUGAUUGGUUGAGUGCACGUUGCUGCUGAUGUGUUCUUCGGGAGCUAGGCUAGUCCUUUAGCCUGCUGUGAACGGCUUCUCCUCGGCCAUCAGAGAACGGCUCCAAAAUGCCUCAUUUUCAAACAUGGGAAGAGUUCGCCCGUGCAGCAGAAAAACUAUAUCUGACAGAUCCGAUGAAGGUUCGAGUGGUUCUGAAAUAUCGACACUGCGAUGGGAAUCUUUGCAUUAAAGUCACGGACAAUGCAGUGUGUUUACAGUAUAAAACGGACCAGGCUCAGGAUGUAAAGAAGAUCGAGAAGCUUCAUGGAAAACUGAUGAGAUUGAUGGUUUCCAAGGAAACUCAUAGUGCCAUGGAGACGGACUGAGAUGCUCUGGUUCUGAAGGUCUGGACUCUGUUCAAAUGGGGACUGAGGUCACUCCUCAGAGAACCCUAGUCAUGUGGCCCACACUUUCUUUUUUGAACUUUUUAAAGUAAUGCUGUCUUCUGAAACAGCUAAAUUAAUUCUUUAUUGUGGUGGGUCAUAAAAAAAGCUAGGGGACAUUUUUUUAAUGGACUUGUGCCACAUGGAGAAAUGUGGUGGCUGUUUAUUUCAGAGAUGAGCCCAAUUUCUUUAACAGAGAAAUGCAUAAAAUAAAUGUUUUAUCUCA